UUUAUUUUGAAAGAGCUGAAGGCAAAAAUCAGGACAGUAUAGUAAUAUACUUCAAAGCCUUAGAAGAUGAAAUAAUAAUCUAAUUUGCCCAUCGUAUGGUUUGUUUUGAGAAUAGUUUCUUAGCUGACGUCAUUUAUGAAUGGAAACGUUCAAGGCCAGCUGGUACAGUGUCCCCAUCUAGCGAUCCGUCGCGUCCGACCGUCGCCAUGCGGCGUCGGCGUCGUUGUUGAGAAUUCCGCGUGCCGCCAUUUUGAGUCGGUGUGGUGUGCUGUCCCGGCGUUCACGUUUUCUCUUGAAGUGCGUUUCCUAGUGAAAUUUGAAGAUGAGCGACCGAGAGAGUUCACCGGAGCGAAAUGUGAAGGAGGGAACACCAAACGGUUCAGCGGACUCGUACAGCCCGGAACGGCGUAACAAACGGGCUGCCUCACGGUCCAAGUCCGGCUCGCGGGAACGGGACCGGUCACGCAGCUACUCGCCGAAGCGAACCCGGCAGCGCAGCCGGUCGCCGGGCUCCAACCGACGCCGCCACCUCGGCGACAGGGAAAAUCCGUCUGCCACCCGCUGCCUGGGCGUAUUUGGACUGAGUCUGUACACCCAGACGCGGCACCUGCGUGACGUCUUCUCCAAGUACGGCAACAUCGACGAGAUCACCAUCGUCACCGAUGCCCAGACGGGCCGGUCCCGUGGCUUCGCCUUCGUCUACUUUGAGAAUCUGGAGGAUGCCAAGCGUGCCAAGGAGGACUGCAACGGCAUCGAGAUCGAUAACCGCAAGAUCCGCGUGGACUUCUCCAUCACCAAGCGGCCGCACACACCGACGCCCGGAAUCUACAUGGGCCGUCCCUCUCAGUUCUCCCGUCGCUCCCGGGGCCGUCGCGGCUACGGUGGCUACGGCGGUGGCCACGGCGGCUACGACCGCUACGACGACCGGCGCGACUACGAUCGGCGCGGCGGCUACGACCGGCGUGACGACUACUACCGGGACGACUAUCGGCGCGACGACUACCGGCGGGACGACUACCGGCGUUCGCCGUCGCCCUACUACGGAGGCGGCCGGCGCUACCGCCGCUCGCGCAGCCGCUCCUACUCGCCACGCCGUGAAUAUGACGGAGGUCGGUACAGGUACUGAGCGCGGCGCGGCCAGCCAGCGGCGGCCGCUGACGGCGGCGCCCUCUCUCCCGCGCGCCACCCUCCCCUCGCACACACACACAUGCAUACCUACCGGCUUCUCCUCCGUUCCGGCCUCUCCCGAAGAUCCUCCUGUCCACAUACUGUGUGUGUGCCUGCGUGUCCGGCUCACUGGGGCGAGUCUGCAGCGCUCUGCAGUCUGUGGGGUGCACUGCACAGUCCGGUCGCCGGUGUGUCUGGCUGUAUGAAUGGUCUUAUUGACUGACUGUGUGGGAGCGAGCGUCUGGCUGAGUGAGUGCGUGUGUGAGUGUGCUGCGGCCGGACCGGUGGCCUGGGACGGGGGCGCGGCCGUCGCCCGUGGGCGGCCGCAUCACUGUGUUGUGUCGUGCUGUGGGUAUGAGAGUGCUCAUUGGUUUUCGGUCUGCCGGGCCUGGACGGCGGCGGACGUUCAUUUGGUUUGCGCGUGCACUGGGCGUCGGUGGCUGGUCGGGGCCGGCACCUGGUCAUCCCACCGGCACCGGCCACCGACGCUCGGUCCGCGCAGUUCAUCAUGUUCAGGCGUUACAAUAAAGGCCUUUUUAGAUUGGCACUAAUACCAGUUCUGUUCUUUUUAAGAUGGAAAUCGACGAGUCCUUAAACGGAAGUUAGAAGUAACUCGACCGGGUUGAAAAACCAAGUGUGCGCGGUUCGGAUGGCAUCAGAAACUCAGAAACUCAGAACAUUCAGACAUCACAAGAAGAUGUAAAAAUAAGAAUCAAGGUCAUCGACCUGAAGCCACUAGAAGGCCAAGACCGAAACACUCGAAGCUACGGCCAAGUCACUGAACACGGUUACCAAGCUGGGGAACAAGCAAAACCCUAUCCCUCGCCUGCGCCGCCGGCGGUGGACAGCAGCGGCGGCUUGGCGACACAUCCUCCGGACUCGACCUUCACCAACAGAACCAAGCGGCCACCCUGAAAAGGUACGUACCGGGGACGGGGGGCACCGACGUCCCGUGAACGAAGGAAUCGACGUUAGUGAAUGUGAUAUCCGUCUGUAAACGGAGGGAGGGAGGGGACAAUCGAAUCCCUCUAUGAAGUCACUGAUUUGUACUGGAACGCAAUGGGGAUCUGACAAUGGAUCGUCAGUAAAUUUGAUGCAACGUGUGUCUGUAUGUGGUGUGUACUAGUGAUGUCAAUCGGUUACCGAAAAUUUCGGUUACCGAAAAGAUAUGCUGGCCGAUUCGGUAAUCGGUCGGUCAGGCCCCCAAAAAAUCGGACACUUUCGGUCACCCUGCCAGUAAAACCAUUUUCAAAAAGAGAAAGUAUUCCAUUUUUGCCUAGUUAAAAUGAAAUUUAUUGGGAUGUUAAUGAUGAGUUGCAAAAUUUCCCCCAAAAGCUACAAAAGAUGCCACAUUUUGGCAACUUCAAAUCAGUACCCAUCCCACCCAGCAGGCAGCAGCCACCCAUUGUGCAACCACAACUACAAGCAGGCUGAUUUUGACUCAGUUGGCCCCACAAGUACACACAAUUUUGAAACUCAAUUCCAGUCUAACUGUUAAGAUAUCACCUGUAAUCAAAGAAGUAUUGCCUACAAAAAUCAUUAUACCUACAGUCAUCAAAAAUGCAAGGACAAAAAGAACUUGAAUUACUGAAAUGUGUUUCUGAAGACUGGACAGUUAGCACUAAGCACUUAGCAGUGAUCACAUUUACAUUUCACAGGUGUUCUACUAUUCCACAUUCUCCUUAAAUAUUGCAGGUACCAACCAAAUGUUUGAAAUCUAGAUGACCAAAGCAUAAAUACAUGGGAAUCUUGAUAAAAACUACAGAGGGCCACGUCCGCUUUCUGGAAUCUUCCACAUCAUCUCCAAACACAAGGGAUUUCGAAACAGAUGCGCCAUAACAGAGACUUUAAACCAGCUGAUUAAGUUUCUGCAAAAAAGGUUUUGGAUUGUUACAUGCUGCCUCGUGAAUGAUUUUAUUGAUGUAAAUGGUCCAACACGAUAUUGAAUUCUAAUGAAAUCAACAUUGUAAGUGUAAUUCACUGCAAGAAAAUAAUUUCACUUCAAUAAUUCAACCAAAAGGGCAUAUAAAUAAAUAUUACGUCAUCGUCUUGCAUUCUUUAGUUAGGGAAGGGAAGACAGAAUCUUAAAAGUCAAUCCUUGGUUCUACUUGGGUUCUACUAUUUUGCGCCACUUUGUAGUAAUUUUGUCUGCAUAUUGUGUUUCCUUAUAAAGAUAAGACAAAGUGCCAGUCAGUAGCGGCGGAACACCUUCAAUCAAAGGGGGGCACUGCCUACUUUUGGUCCCAUAUUUUCCAUGCAACACCCAUAGGGCUAAUGUUAAAAUGCCAAAAUCAAAGGAGGGCACGGUGCCCCGGUGCCCUCCCCCACCCCGUUCCGCUGCCUAUGGUGCCAGUUUAAUGAAUUUUCAUUUCAUUUUUUGGACGAAAUUCAGGCUCAGAGCUACCUACCUAAUACCUGCCUUUUCAGCUGGAUUUUCAGUGUUAAAUUCUUCGUAGAGUAUCUCAGACCUCAUCUCAAGACUCAAGGCCGGUUUCCAAGCAGUGUUGAUGUUGAUGUGUUUUGUGGUGUUUUGAUUCUGCCUUUUCUCCUAGGGAAUGUUGUCAUGAGCAUACCUAUUACCAACCAUUAGACUUACUAAUUGAUCGUGCUUUCGCAACAUGAAUGAGUAUUCUUCCUUACAUAGACCACAGCAGAUUCUUGACAAUUCUAAUUAACCAAAUCUGUGAAAUGCUGAGGUCCAUGUGUAAUGUGUAUUGUGCUCCUAGUCUACCCUUAGCAAUGUAACUUCUACCACAAAAUGUAUUUUGCAGUGGUUAGGAAUUAACUGAUUUGGACUGAAAUGCCAUUUCCCAUUAUUUUCCAUCAGAAUUUACCAAUUAUUUUAAUUUUGGGGUAGAGUAAUAGCAAAUAGAAUUUCGGUCAAAUUUCGGUCAAAUUUUGGCUUGGGAUGUUAUCGGUCGGUCGGUGUGUUCAGUGUGUCUAAACCACUUGUAAUUCAGUGUUUGGGAGUGUUUAUAAUGUCUUUCGUCCAAAAGAGGCGCAUUUCAACUUUCUCCCAUUGACCUAUAAUGGGGAGGUCGCAAAAUUGACCUGACCUUAGGUCAUCGAUAUCAAAAUUCUGAGAUAUACAUUUUGUACAUGCUAUUGCUCUUAGCAAUCGCUGAAAGUUUCAAAGCGAUCGGUCACUCGGUGUAGCUAUGACAGACAUUGAAACUUUUUAUGAGGUGAGGUCACUUCAAGUGACCUGGUGACCUGACCUUGAAUGACCUUGGUCUGAAAUUUUCACAACAUGUGUAGAAUUGAUGUAUGAUAAGGUGUACCAAAAACGGCGGCGCGGAGCGCCGCCGUUUUUGAGAUAUUCGCGAAAAACCACAAGGGGGGGGUGUUCAAACACCCCUCCCCCCCAGCAGGGCGCGGGUUAAGGGAGGAAGGGGUUUGGCUGUGUGUACAGUGCCGAAAAUAUUCGGUGCAUUUGUUACUGAGUGACACGGACAGCGCAGCACACCAUUGGCUGAUUGUUUCGGCUGGCUGGCGGUGUCCUGGGCCCGUCGGCGGCGGGCUCUCGGUCACUGUGUCUGUGCCGCUGCUGGAGGCGGUGGUGGUGGGACGCCGCGGCCGGUCCGCUGCGGUCCGGCCGGCCUGACCGGUGCUGUCCUCUCUCGUCUUCCAGGUCGGUACAGGUACUGAGCGCGGCGCGGCCAGCCAGCGGCGGCCGCUGACGGCGGCGCCCUCUCUCCCGCGCGCCACCCUCCCCUCGCACACACACACAUGCAUACCUACCGGCUUCUCCUCCGUUCCGGCCUCUCCCGAAGAUCCUCCUGUCCACAUACUGUGUGUGUGCCUGCGUGUCCGGCUCACUGGGGCGAGUCUGCAGCGCUCUGCAGUCUGUGGGGUGCACUGCACAGUCCGGUCGCCGGUGUGUCUGGCUGUAUGAAUGGUCUUAUUGACUGACUGUGUGGGAGCGAGCGUCUGGCUGAGUGAGUGCGUGUGUGAGUGUGCUGCGGCCGGACCGGUGGCCUGGGACGGGGGCGCGGCCGUCGCCCGUGGGCGGCCGCAUCACUGUGUUGUGUCGUGCUGUGGGUAUGAGAGUGCUCAUUGGUUUUCGGUCUGCCGGGCCUGGACGGCGGCGGACGUUCAUUUGGUUUGCGCGUGCACUGGGCGUCGGUGGCUGGUCGGGGCCGGCACCUGGUCAUCCCACCGGCACCGGCCACCGACGCUCGGUCCGCGCAGUUCAUCAUGUUCAGGCGUUACAAUAAAGGCCUUUUUAGAUUGGCACUAAUACCA